AUGUCUGACUACGGCGGCGACGACUACGGCGGUGAUGCUGGGGACAUGGGGGAUGACCAUGCCAUCGACUUUGACGAGGAAGCGGAACCCGAUCUGAUGGACGACGAAGACGACCAGCCCGGCGGCGGCGAAGACCCAGACAAUGCCGACCCCAAUGACGACAAUGUAGUAGUGUCAGGCGAUGCCAACGCGGCAGCUGCAGCCAAAGAAGCCUCCAAGAAUACAGUUACAAGUGAAAAGGACAAGAGAGUUCCCAACGAGAAGCGCACAACCACGCCAUACAUGACCAAGUACGAAAAGGCGCGUGUGCUGGGUACAAGGGCACUUCAAAUCAGUGGUAACGCUCCGGUGCUGAUCGACGUAGAGGGUAUGACGGAUCCCCUCCAGAUUGCUGCCAAAGAAUUGCAGGAGAAGAAGAUUCCCCUGGUUGUACGGCGCUACCUUCCUGAUGGCUUUUACGAGGACUGGACUUGCGAAGAGCUUCUGACUUAG